CACGCUGCUGCUGGGGGGACUUUUUAACCUAGGACUGUGUAUGGCCUUCAAUUGAAGCUGCUUCUGCUCCGCCACUCUGCCAUUGGACUCUUGAUGUCGUCUCCCCACACUGCUGCUGGGGGGACUUUUUAACAUAGGCCUCUGCCAAUGGGCCCCGUACGACUCCUCAUGCUCUGCCAGGCCCAAUGGGCCCCUGUACCGCCUCCUCAUGCUGCUGCCAGGUCCAGAGUCUGUCAUGGGUCCCUGUACGGCCUCCAUUGCUGCUGUCUCCAUCGCCACACUCUGCCAUGUGCCACUUUCAGGUCUCCUCACACUGCUGGUGGGUUCCAUUUUGUC